CUUGACCUGUUGCAUAGGAAAAAUAUUAAGGUUUGCUGUGCUCAGAUAAUUGAAGAUUUAGAAGUUGCACUGGCAAUGCUUCACUUGGCAUCCUAUCCAUGCCUUUGUGAUCAACAUAAGUGAUAGGUUCUGCUGUAACAACUAAAGUGCCUCACUAGGUUUCCAGUUCAAGUAGACUUGCAUUGUUUUGGCUAUUUCCACUGAAUAAUAAAAGCUGGUUGACUGACUCUAGCUUAAAUGGAAGGGGUUUUAGAUACUGUUUUUGGUAUUCAUAUUUAUCUAUAUGUAAUUUAAAAUCAAGUUCUGCAACUUAGAGAUGGCUGGUGGUGUCUACACUUGAUCAUGAGAGGUUUCAAAAGGUGUAGUCUGCACUCAUACUAUUUAUUUAUUUAUCUUUCUACACCUUGGAAAACUUAUGGACUUUUAAAACCCAACUAGACAUCACUUAAAUGAUUCCCCUAAUUGGAUCAGCAUUGGUAAGGGAUCAUUUGAAUAUGGCAUGUCUAGUAUUAAUGGUAAACUUAAAGAAGAGCUUGUUGCUUGGGAUGAUGACUAGAUAAUCAAUAAAUGGUUCAACUAUUGUAGCAUGACUAUGGGGAUCCCUCUGGCUAAUCAUAGAUGAGUGGGAUGUCUAACCUGUGGUCAAGCUAAAUAGUGUUGGAUAUCUUUGAUCGGUUCUGUGAGCUGAGCUGUAUUUAUUGUAACAUAGUAACAUCGCUUUCAAUACUAUUACUGAACUAAUUUUUGUACAAACUAGGGUUGAAGUUGAUCUUGGACCAUCAGUAUAGGAGUAACAUUGCAAUUCUGCAAGUUUAGACAUUUAAAGUAAGGAAAUAUAUACUCACCAAAGUGUGUUCAGUCUUCACUAAAGCAAAUCCUGUGGCGCUGGUAGUGUUAUCAACUUAUCACUGGUAUCAUGUUGCACGAGGGUGUGUGAGUGCAUAUACACAAGCCCAGCGGAGUGCAUUUUCUGUCUUGUUAGGAAACAUAAGCUUUUGGGCAUUACGUGAUUACAAUCGAACAUUUGAACCUUGAUUAGAUAACUAUGGUUGGUUGGGCACCUUGCUUUCUUUUCUGUCAUUUUUCUUACGUAUUCCAGAUGCACGUCAUGGUCCUCUUGUUUCUGUCAUAUUUGUUUGUGCCUUCCUGUGCAGGGGUCCCAAUUGCGAAGACAAAAAAUUUCACCUACAAUGUACUGGUAGGAGCAACGAACAACUUUCAUCGAAGUAACAAGAUAGGAAGAGGAGGCUUUGGUACAGUUUACAAGGGGAUUCUCAAAAAUGGAAGAGAAGUUGCUGUGAAGGUGCUUUCAGCUGAGUCAAAGCAAGGAGAACGGGAGUUUAUGACUGAGAUAGACACCAUAUCUGAUGUCAAGCAUCCAAACCUUGUUGAGUUACUUGGUUGCUGUGUUUAUGGUCAUAACCGGAUUUUGGUGUAUGAAUAUUUAAAAAACAGUAGCAUCGAUCGUGCACUAUUGGGUUUUCAGAAGUCCAUAAAAUUGGACUGGGAGAAAAGGUCUGCCAUUUGCAUGGGGACUGCAAGAGGGCUUGCAUAUCUUCAUGAAGAACUUGUGCCUCACAUUGUGCAUAGAGACAUCAAAGCUAGUAACAUUCUUCUGGACGAGAACUUCCAACCAAAAAUUGGAGAUUUUGGAUUAGCUAAGCUUUUUCCUGAUAAUAUUACUCAUAUCAGCACAAGAAUUGCAGGAACAACGGGUUACCUGGCGCCAGAGUAUGUCUUAGGUGGUCAGUUAACUUUGAAGGCUGAUGUUUACAGCUUUGGAGUUCUGACACUUGAAGUUGUAAGCGGAAGAAGCAGCGGAAAUACUAAUUAUGGAGGUGGCCAGAAAUUGCUAAUGGAAUGGGCCUGGGAGCUCUAUGAAGGCGGGAAAUUGUUGGAUCUUGUCGAUGCAGAACUUGAGGAGUUUCCAAAGGAUGAGGCGCUGAGGUAUAUAAAAGUGGCCCUAUUCUGCACUCAAGCGAAUGCAAGCAGGAGGCCUUUGAUGAGCCAGGUCAUGGAAAUGCUCUCUCGAAAUGUAAAGCUAAAUGAAGAUCAACUCACGCCUCCUGGUUUCUUCGAAGAUUCAGGUCGACAAAGUCGUAAAACGUCAAAGAACAAGUCAAGUGACACCUCAACCAGCCGCCAGAUGAGUUCUUUUCCCAUCACAAUCACUGAGGUAGCCCCGAGAUGAAGUUGAAUCAUUUCCCCUGUUGUUAUUCAGUUAUUUGCAUGAGGCGUCUCUGGGCUUUAGGUGGUUUGUGGUAUAGCACAUAUGUAGAGUCAUGGAUCUCACGGAUUAUACAGAUUUUCAUAUUUGACGCAUAUCCUUCCAUGUUCCAAAUAGUAGAGGUGACAACCUGUCACGUUGUUUCUCAAUAAUUGAUAUUCUUUCCUAUGUAUAAGACACAAAUCAUAUUGUCAAAAUAGUUUUCCCCUUCCUUAA